GCAAUUUGGAUGUACUAGUAAGAAUAUUUACUUAUAUGCUGUAGGCUUAUAACAUUCACAAAACAUAAAGAGUUCAUUUAAAAAUCCAUAUUAAUUAAAUGAGCUGUGCUGUCCAUGUUAUUACAAAGUAAUUACAGUAUUUGUUAUCUGUAGGAGUGGCACUGAUUGGGAGGGGUCAGUGCUUGGUAGCAGGGGCCGGCAUCCAGUGGCUUUCUCCCUUGCCACACAUGCUGCCUUGCACCUAUGCUGCCUUUUGCCCCCUGGAGAACUAGGGCCUGUUUCAUUGCAGUCAAACACACAAAGAUGAAGGCUACAUUGUAAAAAAAAAAAGUGCAUUGAAAUACCAUUUCCAUGACCUCAAAUGCUUCUGAAACACUAAAUGCAGAUUUUUUGUGCAAUGACAAAUAUGUUUCACAAUACAUUUUGAACAUUGAGAUACUGAAUGAUACACUGAUUUUGUUGUGUGGAGCCAAACUGCUAAAAGAAACUAGCUGCUAAAAGAAACGUGUAUGAUAUGGCCCAGCAAAUAUUACUAUGAGACAACCAACCUGUUUUAAAAUUUAAGUGGUUGAUGCCUUUUCUCAAAGAAGAGAUGCUAUAUUCUUUUUUUGCAUGUGCAUGUUAUUUGGCAUUGGUAAAAUUAACUCUGAAAAUGACAUUGUUUUGCAAUGCUUAUUAGUUAGUUAUGUAUUCACACACUUUCACAUAACUGAUGUAGACAUACCUGUUUCGCUAUUUUCUCAUGAAAAUUUGAUUAAAUGAAUUAUGUUUUCUAACUUUCUUACAGAUGAUUGCUCAUUGAAACUGCUACAGAGGGGGUCCAGACCAUAACAUUUCAGUGGUGUGGACACAUCUCAGGGGAAUUAGAUGGCAGUUUGCUAAAAUGUUGUUUGAAUGCCUGGAUGAACAGAAAACCCAUUAUUUGGUAUUAGUUAUUUUAAUAACAUUGCAUCCUGUGCAAUAUCCUGUUUAUAUAAGUGUCCCAUGAAGCUAAAGAAAAAUGCUAAUCCGGAUACAUUUUAUCUAUCUUCUCUCUGUCAGGGCCCAAUUUGACUGAUGUUUCAAACCCCCAAUCUUAUAUUUCAAACAGCUGAGAAGCCAGCUUCCUGACUCCACAGACCCAGAAGCGACGGACACAAGGAGUCCAGGAGAGAUGGACAGUGAGAUGAGCGUGACCACCACAACUUCCACCGCCACCACUGCCCUGGCUGCCACCACCACAACCAGCACCUCCACCUCGACCCCCACACGCACCCAGGCGCCCCCUACCUCUCUCUACAGCACCCCCUCUGACAGACAGGCUGUCCAGGUGAUCCAGCAGGCCAUCCAGCGGCCGCAGAACAUGGCGGCGCAGUACCUGCAGCAGAUGUACGCAGCGCAGCGGCAGCACCUCCUGCUCCAGACCGCAGCCCUGCAGCAGCAGCAGAGCCUGGCCAGCGUGCAGCAGACGGCGCUAUCGGGAAGCAGGCAGUCGCCCUCUACCUCCCCCUCGCCCAACGGGAACGUCCCCCAGUCUCCUAGCGCUUCACAGGCCUCGAUGACACUGCCCAGCUCCCCAGUGACAGCUCAGCUGAUCAGCCGGUCCCAGAACCCCAGCUCCACGGCCACGGGGGGCGCCAUAUCCCAACAGGCCAUGCUUCUGGGGAACGGCUCCUCCACCUGCAGCCAGGCCCAGAUGUACCUGCGCACCCAGAUGGUGUCUCAGCUGAUUCUGACUCCGGCUGCCACGGUGGGGGCGGUGCAGUCUGAGCUGCCCGUCAUUUCCUCUGCCUCCUCUCAGGCCGCCUCCACCCAGGUCCAGAGCCUGGCCGUUCGGGCGAACCCAUCCAGCGCCUCGCCGGGGGCACAGAGCGUCCCGCUGAAGGCCUCCUCGCAGGGGCUGGCGCUGGUGCCCUCCAUCCCCAAGAUGUCCAUAUGCCCCCUGAGGCCCGGCCCGCAGGCCGAGUCCCCCGAAGGGCCCCCCGUGAGCGAGCCCCGCCCCAAUGAGGUCACUCGCCUCCCCUCCACCCACCAGCUUAUUGUGCCAACAUCGUAUUCAUCCAUUCAGCCACAGGCCCUAGUGAAACAUCAGCUGCACUGCACUACCAGCCACAAGGGGGCGCACCACCAACUUAUCAUCCAGCAGCCUGCCGGUGCCCUCAGGCAGGUCCAACCAAUUGCUCUCCGGGUAUCUGCACAAGAGACUCCACCCCCCUCCCAGCACUGUGUCUCCAUUCAAACCCUGACCACACCCACCCCAGCCACGGUCCAAUCGCAGCACUGUGCUGCUGUCUCUGCAGCAACCCUCCCCAGUGAGACAUCGCAGGCAGCUAUGCAGCAGCAGCCACAGCAGACGGUGGUUGUGUCCCCGGCCCCUCCUCAGUCACCCACCUGCCAAUCCCCAGCCAUUGUCAUCCAGCCCCAAGCUGCUCUUGUCCAAUCACAGCCUCCGUCUGUGAGACUUGGCCCCUCCCAGCUGCUUUCACAUGUCGAGUCCCUCCCUCUGUCUGUGGCGAUCACGUCAACCGCCACCGCGGCUUCUUCCCAGGCCUCCCAGCACGCCGUCUCCCUUCCCCAGACCACACCCCCGAAUCCCGUGGCCCCACCCACCUCGGUGCAGGCGCUGUCCCUGCAGGCUCUGGCCGUGCCGGCUGGGCAGAUGCUGCUGUCUGAAGAGGAGCUCCCCGUGGCUGAAGCGCUGGUCCAGAUGCCAUUCCAGAACCUUCCACCUCCACAGACCAUUGCCGUGGACCUGAAGGUGCAGCCGGCCGCCCCCACAGAUUCCUCUGCGCAGGGGCAGAGGCUAUAUGAGGCGGAGGGGAUGUGCACAGAGGAAACGAGAGAAGAUGGACCCCUGCACCUGCGCAGGAGCAUGACCCCAACUCCCCCAACUCUGUCGCCAUCUACCAGAUCGGAGGGGAACAGCGAAGACACAGCCACCCACAAGGACAAUUGCACAGAUGUUUCUGGUUUUCCCUGCGGUACAUCAACGGGCAGCACCUCUGUGAUACGGUCCCCCGGGGAGCCCCCCUAUGCCAACUCCUCCCCCCCUCCCCUACUGCCUGCCGUGGUAAGAAGCGCCAGCCAGCACCCCCCAGCAAGCCUCCCGGGGGGUCCUGAGAGCCAGCCCCUACAGGCGAUCGUUAAACCCCACAUCCUCACACACCUCAUUGAGGGCUUCGUCAUCCAAGAGGGGCUGGAGCCGUUCCCGGUGAGCCGCUCCUCCCUGAUGGUCGACCAGCAGGCCACGCUGCCCGAGGCCCAGGAGACCAAGUCCAACGGCGGGCAGCAGCCUCUCUGCGACGAGCCCAUGGACCCGGAGCCCCCCGAGAACUCCACCGACUCGGACAUGGACGACGCACCCACCGCCGAGGAUGGUACGGAGGAGGGGUCGAUGGACGUACUGGAGUGCGAGUUCUGCGGGAAGAGAGGGUACGCUCACACAUUCCUCAGAUCCAAGCGCUUCUGCUCCAUGAUCUGCGUCAGACGGUUCAAUGUCAGCUGCACCAAACGCAUCAGCCUGCUGAAGGCCGACAAAUCGGGGCGCUGGGCCCGCAGGACGGACGGGAGGCGGGGCCGCCCACCGAGCCGGCCAGAUGGAGGCAACAGAGAGCACUUCCUCAGACAGGUGGCGGCUCCAUACAACAAUGCAGUGGACGGCCAGCCGGCACGUGACGAGGAGGAGGAGGAGCCUCCCGUUCCCAUGACAACAAGGCUGCGGCGCCAGACAGAGCUGGAGCGUGAGCGGGAGAGGGAGCGGGGCCUGGUGAGGACGAGGGAGCCCUUGGGUGGCGUCCCCAGCAGCCCGUCCACCACCCCGCCCAACCCCACGCUCUGGACCGUUCAAGAGGUCUGGUCCUUCAUUUACAGCUUGCCAGGCUGCCAGGACAUCGCUGAGGAGUUCCGCUCACAGGAGAUCGACGGGCAGGCCCUGCUGCUGCUGACCGAAGAGCACCUGAUGAACGCCAUGAACAUCCGCCUGGGGCCCGCGCUCAAGAUCUGUGCCCGCAUCAACUCCCUGAAGGACACCUAGAGAAAGAGAGACGGGGGGAGGGGGGGGGUGUGGAGAGAGAAUGAGAGGCAGAGAGAGGGAGAGAGAGAGAGAGAGAGAGAGAGGAGAGGCAGAGAGAGAGAAUAAGCUGGAAGAGACAGAGUAACAGAAUAUGUGUGUGUGUGAGAAAGAGAGAAUGAGAGAGAGAGAGGGAGAGGGGGGAGAGAAUGAGAGGCAGAGAGAGAGAGAUUAAACUGGAAGAGACAGAGUAACAGAAGUGUGUCUGUGUGUGUGUGUGAGAGAGAGAGAGAGAGAGAGAGAUAUAUAAAGCUGGAGGAAGAGACAGAGUAAAAGAGUAUGUGUGAGAAUAUGAGACAGAGUAUGGGCGAUACAGGGAGAGGCAGAGGCAGAAAGAUGCCAAAGUAGCUGCCCUAAAUGUCCCAAGACCUGUGGACACAAGACUAAUGUGCAGCUGAUUCAAAGCCUGAAGUGUGUUCCUUUGUGCUUACAAGCCCUUCACUCCCAAAGCACCCCAUACGGUCCUACAGAGGGCUUUCCCAUAAUGCACAGCAGCUCAAGUACACAAGUAAGCUCAGAUCACAUGACAUAGCAAGAAGCUAUUUUCGCUCUGAGGAAAAUUAAAUUCACUGCGUUUGCUCUUGGUCCAGCUAAGGAGGGUCUGUUCACUGUGUAAAUCGUGGAAGGAAGUAGUUCCAGAGAUAGAUUUUAACAGAUUUUUUCGGCGAUGCAGGGAAAGAACUUUCAGUAGAAAGCACAGGUAGCCAUCUUGGUUUUGUGCAGUGUUUUUGCUAUUCCCACGGAACAGUGCUGGGGAAAACUUUUUAAAUGCUGUUCAGAAGAGCACCCUUUGAGCUUUUCAUAUUGUCACAUGUUCAAGAUCUCAGCCUUUCUUCUUUGUGAAUUACAGUUGCCUGUAGCAUUCAAGGUAGACAUUGUAGCAGUGGCAGCAGAAAAUGUAGAUAACCACUUAAUACAGUUGACCACAUGUGAGAUUAGUCAUUCAUCUGAGUCAUUUACUACCACCAUCAAAUAUGUGCUAAAGGUAAACCUAUUCUGAAUGAUUUCUCCGAUACAUACAAGCCCACCACCGGAUAGAAGCAGGCUCACAUUGAUCUAAAUUUUUACUUCUUUAUACUAAAUGUAACAGGUUAUUGUGCACUUUCUUCGGAGCAGGUUUGCUCUUAGAUUUUAAGAAAACAAACUGGCUGUGAUCAGUCACAGAGUUUGUGCUUUACUUUAUCACUGAAACCCAUGAAGGACUGCAUUUGAAAAAAAUGUCAAGUUACUAUUGUUUUACAAAUAUUCUGUAUUCCCUGGAAAAUAGAUAAAUAUCCUUGUGCACAUUAGAGAAAUAUUUAAUAUCUAGGUAGCAUGUUCUCAUUAAAACACAUACAGUAUUCUAUUUGUAAUGAAUAAAUACACAUAUACAGUCUAUGAUAAAUUACAGCCUAUGGUCCCGGUUGACUUCUGAGUCAUGAAUGAGUAUUGCUUGCUGGGAGGGAGAGAUGGUUUACUGUUCUUUUUGUGCCGAACCAGAAAUACCCUGUAAAGAUACAUUUAUGUGUACUCUCUGUGUCUCUUUUGAAGAUACUAUUUUUCUAUAAAUAUGUAUAAACAAAU